AUGUCCUGCCUCAUUACCAUGUUCGCCCGAGGCUAUGAAGCGGACGACAAGGCGGUGGUCUACGCUCGCAGCUACAUCAUGGAUCCCAACACGGCCGAUGCCGUGGGCGACGGAUUCGUGUGGUCCCCCACUACAACACGCCACAUUUGCAAGGACAUCACCAUCAUGUCUGACUUUCGCACCGAAAAGGGCGUCAUCCGCCACAACACCGACCUUUCGGGGCACCACGACCGCGAGAUGGCCUUCGAACUAGUCGGCAAGAUGAGCAUCAUCGUCACCCAGCCCGACGGACGCGUCAAGAGGGUCUCGCUCGAGGAUGUUAUCUACUGCCCGGAAGUGCCGUACAACUACUUCUCGGCCAAUGCCAUCGAGAGCGCUCCCUCCUUGCGAUUCUUGGACAGCCUCGGACCGGUCCUCGGCCGCCACCUUGUGCUCGCGGACGGAACGAUUUUGAGGGGCGUCUAG